UUUUUCUGUAUCAGUCAGACUAACAAACUUUAGAGCAGUUGAUACGCUGUCGUUUAAUAUUAGGAAGGGUAUUUUAGUCAAUGUUACUUACAAACCAAAAGGAUUUUCCCGCCAUAAUCAAGAAAUGAGGCCAUACAUGUAACUAACUUGUAACAGCCAAUCAAUAAAAAAUUCCUCUGUUUCUUCUCUCAAAAGAAACAUGUCCGCCAUUUCUGGCAUCUCAAUUAUAACUACCGCCGUCACUCUCCUCCUCCUGACCGCCGGAGCUUCAGCUCAGCAGCCAUCGUCUCCGUCUCCGUCACCACCGCCACUUGUAGGCUGCACCGACGAGUUAGUUGCAAUCUCACCAUGCCUCGGCUACAUCUCAACGGAGCCAAAUAACCUGACGCAAACUCCAAAUUCUCAGUGCUGCGAUGCUUUACAGAAAGCUUUCAAUUCCAGCGCAGGUAACUGCUUCUGUUACCUACAAAAGAAGCCUCUGAUCUUCGGAUUCCCGCUAAACCAAUCAAGACUUGUUUCUUUGCCUUCUAUUUGUUUGGCGGCGGCGGCGACGGAAAGUAAAUCUGAUUUGGAUUCGAUUUGUUCAGAGUCACCAGCAUUGCCUCCUCUCAAUAGCAUAACAGGACCUGAAGUGGUUCAAAAACCAAAUCCUUCUGGUGUUGAUAACGUUGGGUCUCCUACAACAAGCUUGCCAAGAGGAGUAGCUGACGGUUCAUCCUCACCGGUAAAUUCUUCAGAACCAGAACCUGUUACUGGCGGAAAUUCUUCUCCGAUAGCAGAAAAGGGUCGCCCCCCACCAUCAUUGCUGCCACCAAAACCAACGAGCAAAUCAUCUGCAGGACAGGGUAUUGGCGGUAUUAGCGGUAGCAGCAGGUACUGUUGGUUCCUUCUCGAAGCGCUAAUAAAAUCUGCAAUUGUUGCUGUUUUCACUCAUAUGUAA